CUUAAAAACUAUUUUAGAACCAACAAUCUAUUUAGUCAUUUAUCCAAUAGCAUAUCACGGCCUAAAAAAUAGAUUUGUGCAAACGAUCGAACUACUUGAGAAAGUGAACAAUGGAAAUAUACAUAUUUUUUUAUUUUUGAUAAACAAAAUUAUUGCACGAGAGGCAUUGUUAUUAGAGUUAUGUUUUCAUCACAUCGUUACCAUAGCAACAGACAACGCUUACUGGUCGAAAUGGCGUGAAUAUAGUCAGAGAAAUGCUUAUUUUGAAAUGGGUGCAUGUUGUCAAACUAUGGAAGAUGAGAAUUCAGUGCGCCCUGUGACUGUGGUACAGCAUCCACUUUUUGGCCCUGAACCAGUAGUAACAACAUGCACAAACUGUGGGAAAGAAGUAACAACGGAAAUCAGCCGACACACCUCUGCUUGUUCAUAUAUCACGUGUAUUCUAAGUAUUUUUAUUUGUUGUCCUUGUUUCUGGUUGCCUCUUGUUUGCCCAUGGUUUAUGGACACCAUCCACGCAUGCCCGAACUGUAAGGAAACCAUGGGGAUAUAUUCAAGGUUUAACUGAACGAAACAAGCAUGAGGAAAAUUAAAGAACAAUGUGCAAACUAUAUUUCAAUACAUAUUGGCAGCUAAUGGUAAUAUGGCCGAUAUUGUAAAUGAACAGAUAAAAAUGCUACAGAUUAAACUCCAUACUUUCAUUAAUUUUCCUAUUGCUCAACUCCGCCAUCUGUAUUUUACAAUAAGAUGUUUCAUUCUAACAAAUGAUUUGCAUUUACAGUUGCCUAUUUUGAACAAAUAUUAUCCACUUAUUAGGGAAACUUCAUGUGAUAAUAAAUUCUGUUCUUUUUUUCUAAUUUAAUAACUUAAUUAUAAGUUGUGUGAUAUUAUGUUCGUAAUGUCAGUUGUAGUUAUAAAGGGAAAUAUGAAUUAUUUGUGACGAUUUUAUUAAGUCAAAAAAUUUUAUGACAAAUAUUUAUGUAGUUUCUAUGUUAAUGAAUGAUUGUCUUUAGAUGUGAAUUAUAUGUUAAAUCUUUUGAAUCCCGCGUAUAAUAUUGAUAUAGAAUUUUAGUGUUUUUUUGCUAUGAUUUGAAAAUGGAACUUAUUUAUAUGAGUUAAUUGCUGUAUUUCAUCAGCAAAAACCUAUAUCUUACUAUAAAUGUAUUUAUAGUAUGUCAUUUUUAUUCAAUAGAAAUUACUACUUCACUAGUAUUUAUGUAUUCAGUUUUGCACGUUGAUUGCAUGGUUUGAAUUUUUAUAAGUUAAAAUUUGUUAAAAAUUAUAGAAAAUUAAUUUUCUAUUUAUCAUCAAUUAUGUUUGUGUAAAAAAUUUCCAGUAGUUAUAUUAAUAGCUUAUUUAAUGUAUAGUGUUAAAAUAAUUACAAAUAACUCUCCUUUUCUCCAUUAAGUCUCAUAAAUGGAUGAAUAAGGUGACCAUUGUUAAAAAGAGAAGUUUCCACAUUCUUUUAAAUAAAAAUGUUAAUAAAAAUAAUUAUUGAAACGAAAAAGA